AUGUCAGACCGGGGAGACCUCCCUCCACCAGCGAGUCCGCUGGCCCGCGCCCUGUGGAAUUUCUCAUCGCUAUGGUUCAUCGUCCCCCAAGGAACGGGUAUAAUCGCCGUGAUACUCAAUCGACUGAAAUACCAAUUCAACGGGCUCACAACACUCGCCACGAUCGUAUGGAUCUACACCAUCGUCCAGCUCGGUUCAUUCCUCAUCCUCUAUCUCUUACGCACAUUCCUAUACCCAAGACAUGUCCUACAGCAGCUGCGGAACAACAGCGCCGAAACAUCAUGCCUCUGCUGCAUCUCCAUCGCCUUCACCUCCAUCCUCCAGAUAGCCGUCUUCCGAUACGGAGAUACAGCCGGGCUGGCCAUCUACAUCAUGUGGUGGGUAAACACCGGCAUGGCCAUAGUCGCCUGUACGGUGAUCCCAUUCAUCCACCUCAAGAUGCAGCAGUCGGGCACACGACACAUGCAGGCGGACAUGUUGAUGCCAUUUCUUGCUGCGUUGACCUCCGCCGCAGGUGGCGGGGUUAUAUGUCGCCUCGCGCGUAUCAGCCCCCGUCUCCAGGUCCCCGGCAUCAUCGUCUCCUACCUCGAAGUCGGCGCCGGCCUUGCCCUCGUUGCUGCGUACGAUGCCAUUAUACUCUAUCAGUACUUCGGUCGCCCGUCCCAGUCAGCGGACACGGUGUACCAGGAUAUGAUCAUGUGCGGCCCUUGCGGACAGGCUUCGGUCGCGCUCCAGGUUUUGGGUGAGGCUGUUGAGGCCGGGAGCUUUGCGGCGUAUGAUCGCGGUCAGAUUCUGACUGCAAACGCGGCUGGUCCCUUUGCUUUCAUCAGCUAUUUCACCGGUCUUCUUGUCUGGGGGUAUGGGGUCUUUUGGUGGUUCUUUGCCAUCCUGACUAUCUGUCAUACUCUGCACACACAACCUGGGGGCUGGAAGCAGUCGCGGUUCACCAUGUCUGUGUGGUCUGUGGUCUUUCCGUGGGGUACCUUUACCAAUGCUGCGGUUGGAUUUGGGAGGCUUAUGGAUUCUCCUGCCUUCGAUGUGUUUUCCACUGCCCUUUUGCUGCUACUCGUAUUCAUUUGGGUGAUCAUACAGAUCCUGACACUGAAGGGCAUAGUGACAGGGCGAGUCUUGGGCCUGGAUCACGGAUGGAGAAAACGAUGUGAUGAACGCCGACCUGCGGCAAUCAAAGAAGCGUGA